AAAAGGCUGGAAAGGCCGAAAAAUGGUCUCGUUAUUCCCGUUGGCCCAAAUUAAACUCGGAUUACGGCCGAUCUCUUCUGCUUCUGCUUCCGGUUUCCCUCGACUGUCUCGACGAUUCUACACAACAACAAGAAGCACCACCUGUUCCUCCCAAACAUCAGCCAUGGCUACUACCGAUACGAAAAAUCUGCAGCCUCCUGUAGCUAAGAAGGUGAAGCACGAAAUGGAAAUGUUUGGAGACGUUAGGGUUGAUAAUUACUACUGGCUCCGUGACGAUUCUCGUUCCAAUCCUGAAAUCCUUUCCCACCUUCAACAAGAAAAUGCUUAUACUGAUUUCAUCAUGUCAGGAACCAAACAUUUGGAAGAUCGGAUUUAUGCUGAGUUAAGAAGCCGGAUUAAAGAAGAUGAUAUAUCUGCACCUGUUCGAAAAGGCCCUUACUACUAUUACGAGCGGACUUUGGAGGGCAAGGAGUACGUACAGCAUUGUCGGCGCCUUGUAGAAAACAAUGGGGAUGUACCAUCUGUUCAUGAUUGCAUGGCAACAGGACCAGAAGCUCCUCCUGAGCAUGUGAUUUUGGAUGAAAAUGUUAAGGCUAAAGAGCAUGCAUAUUACAGCAUUGGUGCUUUUAAAGUCAGUCCAAAUCACAAAUUGGUAGCAUACGCAGAAGACACUAAAGGAGAUGAGAUCUAUACCAUUUAUGUCAUGGAUGCUGAGACUUGCACACUUGUUGGUGACCCCUUGGUUGGUGUAACAAGUUAUCUUGAAUGGGCAGGUGAUGAGGCUUUGUUAUACAUCACCAUGGAUGCGAUUCUCAGGCCAGACAAGGUGUGGUUUCAUAAGUUGGGUACAAAUCAAUCAACAGAUUCAUGUCUUUAUGAUGAAAAAGAUGAUAUGUUUUCUCUAGAUCUUGAAGCUUCCGAGAGCAAAAAGUACCUAUUUGUUGGAUCAGAGAGUAAAACUACAAGGUCUAUCUUCUAUUUUGAUAUCUCAAAGCCUGAGAACAAUCUUACAGUUUUGACACCUCGCACAGAGGGCAUUGAUACAUCAGUCAGCCAUCGUGGCAAUCAUUUUUUCAUCAAAAGGAGGAGUGAUGAGGCUUUCAAUUCAGAACUACUAGCAUGUCCAUUGGACAAUGUAAAUGCAACUACCAUUCUUCUUCCUCAUAGGGAAACUGUAAAAAUACAGGAUGUAAGAACUUUUAGUGACCACCUUGUUGUUUAUGAGCGUGAAAAGGGUUUACCUCGGGUAACUUUUUACCCUCUUCCACCUAUUGGUGAACCACUUCAAAGUCUCCAAGGUGGCCAAUCUGUUGAAUUUAUUGACCCUGUUUAUUCAGUGGAACCAGCAGAGUCACAAUUUUCUUCAAGUAUAUUGAGAUUUGAUUAUAGCUCUCUCAGAACACCCCCUUCUACAUAUGAUUAUGACAUGAAUACAGGAGUUUCAGUUCUGAAGAAAAUUGAAACAGUAUUGGGUGGUUUUGAUAUCUCAAACUAUGUAACCAAAAGGGAGUGGGCAGUUGCUCAAGAUGGCACUCAUGUUCCUAUAUCAAUCGUCUACCGAAAGGAUCUGGUGAAGCUUGAUGGGUCGGAUCCAAUGUUGCUGUAUGGAUAUGGAUCCUAUGAGAUAUGUGUGGAUCCUAGUUUCAAAGCAUCAAGAUUGUCUUUAUUGGAUCGUGGUUUUAUAUAUGCAAUUGCUCACAUUCGUGGGGGUGGAGAAAUGGGGAGGAAGUGGUAUGAAAAUGGGAAAUAUCUUCAUAAGAAGAAUACAUUCACAGAUUUUAUCGAUUGUGCAGAGUAUCUGAUACAAAAGAAAUAUUGUACGAAAGAAAAACUGUGCAUUAAUGGAAGAAGUGCAGGGGGGUUGCUUAUUGGUGCUGUUGUAAACAUGAGGCCUGAUUUAUUUAAGGCUGCUGUAGCUGGAGUACCAUUUGUAGAUGUUGUGACUACAAUGCUUGAUCCAACUAUUCCUCUUACAACUGCAGAAUGGGAGGAAUGGGGUGAUCCUCGGAAAGAAGAGUUCUACUUUUACAUGAAAUCAUAUUCGCCAGUUGACAAUGUAAAAGCUCAGAAUUAUCCAGCCAUACUUGUUACUGCUGGAUUAAAUGAUCCACGUGUACUUUAUUCAGAACCUGCUAAGUUUGUUGCCAAGUUGAGAGAGAUGAAAACAGAUGAGAAUGUUUUGUUGUUUAAAUGUGAGAUGGGAGCAGGACACUUCUCCAAGUCAGGAAGGUUUGAGAAACUCCAAGAGGAUGCAUUUACAUACACUUUCAUUUUGAAGAUUCUGAACAUGGUCCCUAUCAAGGUGGUUGUAUAAUUGGGAAAAACGGCUUGGAUUACAAUUGGAAGCUUCUUUAAGAACCCGUGAUGUUAAAAGGGUGAACUCUGAAGGUCCUUGGCUUCUUGAGUUAGUUAAAGGAGCAUUCCAUCAUCUAUAUGUGAUAACAUAAGACUUUGUGUUACCUUGAGUUGAAUGUUUUUUAGAGAUUAGUGAUGUCUAAAGAUAUUCUUUAGUUGAUUUAUAUGAUGAUGAGAGAAAUGUCUUUGCACAUCUGUAACGGUUUUUCUUUGAAUUCAGUUUACCAAAUUAUACAUAACAACCCUAUUGAAUGGUGAAUCUAUUCAAUCUA